UAAAUCCGAUUUGACUUUUAUAAUCUUAUUAUAAACUAUAUUGCAUAAAAACACAUUUAUUGAUCCUCCUGAUAACACUAACCAGCACAUGCCUAUUAGUGGAAUUUAGGGAAAACGACACCCGCAUUAGUACCUAACUAGUUUAUUGCAUUCUAUGCUUAUGAACCAUUUUCAUUAUGACUUUAUUAACUUUUGUCAAUACUGAUACUAUUUUGAUAAAUUCCAAUAUUUUUAGGUUAAUUUAUUAAUCUUACACGAUAAACUUGGCCAACAAUACUUAUAUCGAUAAAAAAUAACGGAUAUCGAUAUGUUAUCGUCAGCGAAAAGAUUCAACAAAUUAUAUUCAGUACAUAUCAAGCGCAGACAUCGAACGGUUACAUAAAAUGGAGACUACUAGAGCGGAGAUGGAAACGUGGUUGGAUUGGUGCGUCCGAAAAAAUGACAUCAAGCAAUUGUGGGCUGCCCAACCUACAUAUAUAAUAUCUCAGGCCGUUUACGUUUUGGCUGGCCUCUUAACAUUAUUUCAUGCUUUUAAAAAAGGCGGAAGAUGGCCUUAUUUUUGGCUCGGUACCGUACUUCAUGGGAUUUACGCAGAUAACUUCUGGCAUUUCGUAUUGCCAGAGUACGAUAAUUUCUGGCAUUCGCAGACCCCUAUCAUAUUCCUGGGAGCCCGGCUACCCCUACAUAUAAUUUUGUUGUAUCCCGCAUUUAUUUACCACGCAGCGUAUGCAGUUUCAAAGCUGAAUUUUCCACGUUACGCGGAGCCUUUCGCGGUGGGCUUGGUUACUGUACUGAUAGAUAUUCCCUACGACAUUGUGGCGGUCAAGUUCGUACACUGGACCUGGCACGACACUGACCCUAACAUAUUCGAUCGUCACUACUGGGUUCCCUGGAACUCCUAUUACUUCCACGCUACAUUCACAGCAAGCUUCUUCUACUUCUUUACUGCGAUCAGAAAUUGGUAUGCGCCGAAAGUUGGACAGUGGGCUUCUGCGGGCAAAAAGGUGGAAUGGAAAACGUUAAUUCUAGCAACGAUCCUGGGGAUGCCAGGCGGUGUACUCCUCUUCGUACCGAUCUAUCACCCGCUCCACGACAUAUACAAAAUACAUUCAGAGAUCACAUUCUUCCUUUUGUUUGCGAUUUAUGGCACUUUCGUGAUCCACGGGCUGCUUAGCGAUAGAGAGAAAUCCAAGGAAAAACUUACUCUUAUAGAUUACAUCCUGAUACUGCAACUGGCCCUCCACUACGUAAUAUAUUGGAUAUUUGUUGUGUUCUUCCACCCAGAGAGGGAAUGGUCUACCGGACUGCACGAGCCGGUCGGUCCAUGCAACGAAGUAGCUAGUUUAGUCACGCCUUUUGGACAGACCUUGUACAAACGUAAGUACUUCUGCCCGGACCAGUACGACGAGGGUUACUUUGACUUCCACUGCGUCGGCGGCAAGAAGCCUCCAAACGGUGCUACUUGGUACACUAUUUGUGGUACGCCAUUCACGAAUCGUGCUGAAUAUAUUGUGCUGCUAACAACGAUCCUCUUCCUAGCCGCCGGCGUCUUCUACGGCCUUUACUUCAGAACUAUUCAGUCUGUACCAGUACCAACUAAGAAGCAGAAAACCAAAUAAAAUCUUCCAAUAACCAAAACGUCAAAUACAUUUUUUAAUUGAAGUAAAAAAUAAUAAUAAAACAUCACACUCGCAACAAAUGUUUUUUGGUAAUAAGAAAUGUAAUCUCGACAGUCUACCGUAUUUCGCUGCUGUUACUAUAUAAACACAGAUAGUCGUUGUGCACUAAAAGCUUAGCACGAAUUGUUCGAUAAAAGAAAAAUAAAUAAAUCCAGCUUAAAAUUGGUUUCUCAAUUUGUCGUGUAGUUCUUGCACAUUUAUCCUUCGAUAGCAUCCGAUUAUCCGAUGAAUAAAAUAUCAUAAAAUUAUUUUAUUGUACUCACCAAUCUUUUCUUGCAUAUUGUCCCAAGUCAUAAUCACGGCCUUGAAGGAAUUACCAGAGCAUUGAGCGGGGCAUUUCUGCAUUAAAGCUAUUUUGAAUUUGUUUGGGGGAGAAUUUGUUUGAUUAUGUAUAUCUCAAAAUGCUAAAGUAGGGGUUAGUACAUGUUUUUCUUUUUUAUUAAAUAGUACUGUCAUGUGUUUUGCUCAUUUUCAAGCUGCAAAUCGAUUUCUGUUUUUCAAAUUCCUUCCAUGCACUGAAUACACAUAAAAAUAUGUAUGUUCUGGGAGAAUCUUUAUUUUUAUCUUAUUUAAUUAUUGUUCUUUCUUUUAUUUACUCUGAACUUUUUUAAUGAAUUCAUGUAAUAAUUUUAAUAUGACAGUUUUUUUUUGUGUGUGUGUUUUAAUGUUUUGUGAUUUAAUUAGUUUGUGAAUUUUUUAAGAUAUUAUCGUUGAAUAAAUAAAUAGACAUUGUAUUUUA